AAUAUCGAUACGUUUUGAACAGUUGCUUGGAAUUUCGAUUCAUAUAGUGUUUGUCAAUUAAUUUAUUGUAGCUGUAUUUAAUUGUGCGAAGAGAAAAAUGGACGUUUUUAAUAGAAUUGGAAAAUCAUUCUGGUCGACCCAUAUAUGGUUACCGCCUAACACGACUUGGGAGGACAUAGCUCCUGGUUCACGCCCGGAUGUGACACACGCUGAUUACAGAGACCUUGUAUGGCCUUUGCCAAUGGCAGUAGUAGUUAUGUUACUUCGAUAUACUUUAGAAAGGUUUUGGAUAAUGCCAAUCGGCAAAUCAUUAGGUAUUAAAUCAUCUCGAUCAAAAAAGGCGAUGAAUGUUCCUGUUUUGGAAAGGGCAUACGAAAAAUGUAAUCGGUUGAGCUAUAAAAUGGUACCUUCUCUAAAAAAACAAACCGAUAUGUCGGAACGCCAAAUACAGCGAUGGUGGCGUUUAAGAAGAGCAGCAGACAAACCAACCACUCUCGUAAAAUUUUGCGAAAAUACAUGGCGAUGCAUUUAUUAUUCAUAUAGCUUUAUUUUUGGAGUUAUCGUGCUUUGGGAUAAACCUUGGUUUUGGGAUAUAAAGUAUUGUUGGUAUGGUUACCCUCAUCAGUCUAUUUCCAGCGAUAUCUGGUGGUACUAUAUGAUUUCAAUGUCAUUUUAUUGGUCUCUUACUGUAACACAAUUUAUUGACGUAAAACGAAAGGAUUUUUGGCAAAUGUUUGCUCAUCAUAUGGUAACCUUGCUUCUAAUGUCGUUAAGCUGGGUAUGUAACUUACAUCGGGUUGGCUCGUUAGUUCUCGUGGUACAUGAUUGUGCAGACAUAUUUUUAGAGGCUGCAAAAUUAACAAAAUACGCAAAAUAUCAGAAAUUAUGCGAUUUUAUAUUUGCGGUAUUUACUGUUGUAUGGAUUAUCUCAAGGCUCGGUUUCUACCCGCGAAUCAUCUAUAGCUCUUCUGUUGAAGCUCCAAACAUUUUGCCGAUGUUCCCAGCGUACUACAUAUUUAACACACUUUUAAUAUUGCUCCUGCUUCUACAUAUAGUUUGGACAUACCUGAUUCUGAAAAUUGUUGUUGACUCCUUGCAGAAAGGAUUGAUGUCUGGUGAUAUAAGAUCAAGUGACAGCGAAGAUGUUUCAGAUAGCUCUGAAAACGCAUCUAUUCCUCUGAAUGGCAACAUUGGGGAGCCUACCAAAAAAAUGUACAAUGUUAAUUAAAAAAAAAACACAUUUGUAUAAUAUGUAAAUAAAUAGUCUAAAAAGCUUGCUUUUUGAACCAAAAAUGUAAUGUAAUAAAAGUGAUUAUAGUGAAACUA